UUUUUGUUUUUGUUUCUUUUUAAUGAAGAUUGGGUCUCUGUGUAGAGUGACCCACUGCAAGACAAUGAAAUAUUGUCCUAGGAAAGGACAGGUAUUUGUCCAUUUAGGAUAAAAACUUUCAAAGGGUGGUUAUAAUUAGGCUGGCCAUUUUCACUGCAAUUCAUUUGCAGUUGGCUGCCCAACCAUUGCAAUUCCCAGACUUAUUUGCUUGGUUUGUUUCUUUGUUGUGGCUUCCCCUAAAAUAUAAAAUCCUGACUCAUUUCAGCAGUGGAACUCCAGCCUGUCCAAGGACACUGUUCUGCUUUGAUAGACCAGGAAGUGAAAUGUGUGACUAUUUGAACCAAUAUCUAUCUGUGUUUCUGUACUGUUGUACAUGAGCCCCAUCACCACAGUACUUCGGUGCUUGGUGUGAUUUGUCAAGUUACUACACAGGUUUCCAGAGAGAUUAACAUUUUGUUUAACCUGCAGUCUGAUCAGAUAUGAAAUUUAUCCCAGGUGUCAAGUGAGAUGGCAUUUUCCCCAUUUCCCAUCCCCUAGCCUCCACUUUCUAUUCAGCUAUUGUUCCAAUAGCCAGCUGGGGGGACAAUGAAAACAAUGCUGAUGUUUUAUUGAGUGUAUGUUCUUCAUUUAUAUCCCAGAGUGAAUUUCUUUCCCAUAGACACAACCUACGAUGAACCCAGGACAGAGAAAUCAAACAUCCAUCACAGAAUUCAUCCUCCUGGGAUUCAGCACUAUCCCUGAACUGCAAAUCCUUCUUUUCCUGCUGUUUCUAGUGAUCUACAUUGCAACCAUGUCCGGGAACAUCCUCAUCGUGGUGCUUGUUGUGUUUGAUUGUCACCUUCACACCCCCAUGUAUUUCUUUCUUGGGAACUUGUCCUGCCUGGAGACCUGCUACACUUCAACCAUCCUGCCCAGCAUGCUGGCCGGUCUUCUGAGUGGGGACAGAACAAUUUCAUUUAGUAGGUGUCUCACACAAUAUUAUUUCUUUGCUUCUCUGGUUGCAACAGAAUGCCUUCUCUUAUCGGUGAUGUCAUAUGAUCGGUAUUUAGCUAUAUGCAAUCCAAUGCACUAUGCUGCCCAUAUGAGCAGCAGGUCUUGCCUCCAGUUUAUAGGCGGCUCUUGGAUAGGUGGCUUCCUAUGUAGUGGCAUAAUAACAUUGCCGAUAUCCCAAUUAGCUUUCUGUGGUCCUAAUGGUAUUGACCAUUUCUUUUGUGAUCCUAUCCCUCUAAUAAACCUCUCCUGUAAUAAUCCUCAGCUGAUGGAAAUGUUGGCUUUCACUCUCAGCUUGAUUUUCUUAUUGGUCCCAUUCCUACUUACCUUGAUGUCCUACAUCUGCAUCAUUGUGACCAUCCUGAGAAUCCCUUCCACCACUGGGAGACAAAAGGCCUUUUCCACCUGCUCCUCCCACCUCAUUGUGGUGACCAUGUAUUAUGGAACUCUGCUGAUUGCUUAUAUGUUCCCAACAACCAGCACACUGAGAGACUUCAAGAAAGUUCUAUCUUUCUUCUACACUGUCUUGACUCCCCUGGUGAAUCCCCUCAUCUACAGCUUGAGAAACAAAGAGGUCAAGGAGGCCCUGAGAAAAGCUAGCAGGAAAUCAAUGUUUGGACAAUGCUAA